AUCAAAGAGAUUUAAUUAUUUUAUAAAAUCAGCAACGUCAGCAAGUGUCUUUUAAGUCAACAUAUGUCGAAUUAAUUAUAAAUAAAAAUUAAAAAUCUUUAAGACGCCAUUGUUAUUUAGGGGUAAAAGAGAGAGAAAGAAAAAACGAAGGAGAAAAAAAAUAUAUAUUAUAAAUAAAUAGAAGAUUAAAAGUGGGAGUGAUGAUGAUGCGGAUGAAGACAAAUUUCGGCGAUGUGGAAUUUUGGAGCAUGAAUAUCAAGAGUUACUAACACUGAUUAAAAAAAAAAAAGAAAAAUAUGUCACACAUGCAUUGAGAUUUGAGUACAUAUAUAUGUAUAUAUAUUAAAAGAGUUAUGCCGACAAUAAGUGAGGUCCAGAGAAUUCACAGGGAGGUUAUCAUCAAAGAGACAAGACUCAAGAGAACAGUUGGAUGCUUGAUAAAUUAAAUAAAUAAAUCAAAAAUUGAGCAAACAAAUAUAUAAAAUGUGUCGUAAAAAAUCAGUGAGGAAAAUCCUCGUUGAUUGAUUAUUGAAAUUAAAUAUUUUGUGUAUUAUUGUGGUUUUGAAUUGUUGAUUCGAAAUAAGUGGUUUUUAUAAGGCAUGAGUGUCCAAAACACUUCUUCGGUACUGGUUAAUACCACAAAUUUGAUAGUUAAUAAUGCAACAUCAUCAUCAACAACAACAACAAUGCCGGAGGGUGCUGAUGAUUGGGUUGAAUUUUGUGAUAGACACGCCCGUGCUUCAGCAUCUGAUUUUGCAAAAGCAUUUUGUACAUAUGUCAGUUUAAAUUUACCUGAAAGUGCUAGAUCAACAUUAUCACAUAGAGAUUUUCUUCGUAAAUUUGUCGAUACAUUUUGUGAACAUUUUGAAAGUGAAUAUUUACGUAGAAGUGCAAGGUCACCAUCAUUUCAUGAUACAAGAAGAACAACAACAACAACAACAAAUUCAACUAGUCAAUCAAAUAAUCGUGUUAGAAUACGUGCAUCAUCACAUGAAGAAUUUAGUGAUUAUUCUGAACAAGAUGGUGAUGGUAUUGUAUCACCAAAACCAACUCAUAAACCAUUUUUUCGUCGUUUAUCAUUUAAAGGUUUAAAAAAAGGUAAAAGUUUUUUUCAUAAACAACAAAGUGAUGAAGUUGAAUUAUCACAAAAUGAAAAUCGUCGUGAUAAACAACUUAAAUCAAGAUUAUCUAAAAUUGUUGUUGAAUGUCGUAAAGAAGGAAUUGUUAAUUCAUUAAUUGGUGAAAAUACUGAUGGUACACAAAAAUGGGAAAAAUCAAGAUUAGCAUUAAUAAAAGCAAUUGGUGGUUAUAUGCUUGAAUUUUAUUCACCACCAAAAGCAGUUAAACCACGUGAUGGAGUUUUUUGUUCAGCAAUAACUGAAGCUAGAGAAACAACAGCACUUGAAAUGCCUGAUCAUGAAAAUACAUUUGUAUUAAAAACUCAAAAUGCUGAAUUUGUUAUUGAAGCACAUGAUUCAAUUGAUAUGAGAUCAUGGCUUGCAACAAUACGUUAUUGUAUGAGAACAUCAAAUUGUAAUUCAAUAAAUACAAGUGGUGGUGGAGGUGGAGGUGUUGGAGGUAGUGAAGUUAGUGGCGGUGGUGGUGGUACUGAUACAACUGAUGGUUUAGGAUUUGGUGCAUCUGGUAAUGAUGGUGAUCGUAUGAGAUCAAAUUCAGCAAGUAAAAGUUCAAGAUCAACACAUGAUCAUAAUAAUGAAAUUGGUAAUCCACCAGAGCUACCACCAAGAUUACGUACACAAAGUAAUAGUAAUCUUGAAUUAUGCUCAUCUCAACAAGAAAUUGAACAAAUGGGUGGUAAUGAGGGUGAAGCAGAUUUAGCUGUAAGUCUUCGUGAAUAUCCAUGGUUUCAUGGUACAUUACCACGUUCAGAUGCAGCUCAACUUGUCUUACAUAGUGCUGCAAAUGGACAUGGUGUUUUUCUUGUUCGACAAAGUGAAACGAGAAAAGGUGAAUUUGUAUUAACAUUUAAUUUUCAAGGACGAGCAAAGCAUUUGAGAAUGACGCUGAAUGAUCAAGGCCAUUGUCGUGUUCAACAUUUAUGUUUUCCUGCAAUAUUGGAUAUGCUGGAUCAUUUUCGACAAAAUGCAAUUCCACUUGAAUCAGGUGGUACUGCUGAUGUGAUGUUGACUGAAUAUGUUGUUGUUAAUCAUGCAUUACGACCACCAGUUCAUCCAGUUGCUGUACAAAAUCAACAAGCAACAACAACAACAAUACAAGAAAGAAGACCAGCAAUUGCACCAGAGACUAGAGAAGUCCAGACGUAUGGUGGAUCGAUAAGAAUGAGAAUUGAGUCAUUGGAAAGACUCGAAUUACAAAAUUCAACAGCAUCAACGAGUGGCAGAGCUGUACAAAAUACUUAUAGUUUUCUUUGACGAUGGAUUCGUUGUACUUUAUCAUCUGGCUAUCGGUUUGUUAGUCAUAAUAAUUUUAAAAAAAAUCAUAAAUAUAUUACAUAAUUCAUACUCAUUGAUUCCUUCAGUUAAAAAACAAAAAACAAAUUAGUCAUAGUCGAGCUCAAUUUUUUGCAGUCAUAAAAAUAAUUAGUCAUUAUAAUCAGAUUUUUUUUUUUUCUAUAUUUUUUAAUUACCCACAAUUGAAUGUAAUAGUCUUGAAAAAAAUAUUGGAAUUCAGUUUUUUAUUUUUCAAUUGAGAUUUAAAAAUCUCAGAAGAAAAAUUAGAAUAUAUUAUUGUUGUUCUUAUUAUUAUUUGUUGAUUAUUAAAUUAUUUUUUGAUGUUGUCAUUUGAACAAGCUGAUGAAUCAAAAUUGGCAGUUCUUAGUUGCCACAAAAGCUGUCUCAUCUUUUCUCCUUUAAUUUUCUUUAAAAGAAAAAAAAAAACACAACUCAUUUCAACAAAUAAUAAUAACAAUAAUAUUGAUAGAUAAUAGAUAAAUAUUUUUUUUUUUUCUCGUAAUUUUAAGUAAAUGAAAAUAUAUAUAUACAAUGAAAUGAAAUUUCACAUCGAAUUAUAAAAUAUCGAUGAUAUGCACAAAUUAUAUACACAUAUAUUCUCAUAUAUAUUUUUUAUUAAUUAAUUAAAAUGAUUUAUGCUCCAAAUUAGAUUAUAAAAAACUAUUAUUUUAAAUCCAAUGUUUUUUUUAUAAAAUAUAUUUACUUUUACUCCAAGAAUAUUGUUUUAAAAAAUUUUUUUUUUAUUUAUUAAAUGUUAAAAUUGAAGAAUCAUGUUUUCCAAUACAAGACUGCCAAUUUUUUUUUUUUUCCUUUUUUUUUUUCCAUAGAUACAUAGUGAAAAACAAAACUCAUAUAUUUACAAAUAGUCAAAUCAUAUUUGGUUUUAGUUUUUUUUUUUUUUUUUCUUUUUUUUAAUUAAUUUUUAUUAGUGGUUGUGAUGUAUUUAAAUAAUAAUUAAUUUACUUGAAAAAGUUGGCUCGAAAAAAAUAAUAAUUCACAAAUCAUGAGACUGUUAAUAUCACAAUAUUUUUUCCCAAAACAAAAAGUCAAAAAAUCAAAAAUAAAACGAUAAAUUAUACUCAUUAUUAAACUGAUAUUUUUUGUUUUUAAAAAUAAUUUAUAUGCAACAUAUUUUCCAACGAAUAGGUACUUAAAAAAUUAAAAAAAAAAAAAAGACAAAAAAACAAAUUUAGCUAUAGUUUUUUUCUUUUUGCUCAUUAUAAACUAUUAUUAUUAUUAUUAAUUAUUAUUAAAUUUUGUCGAUUUAUAAUAAAACAUGUACGUAAGUUGAAUUUACAAGUGAUUAUUGAGUCUAAAUAUUGUUUUUAGUUUUAAUUUGAAAUUAAAGAAAAAAAAAAAAACAACUAAAAAUUAACUUUAUAUUUUUGAGGAAUAAAAAAUCACUAAAUAUGUAAUUAUAUUAUGAUACUCAACGAGUUUGUACUC